CACAAGACUCAUCGUUACAAAACUAUACUACUGUCCACUCAUCGGCUGAGGAUGUUAAGAAUGGAAACUCUGGUUUUCACCAACAGCUUAUAAACACAACCCAACUCUUCAACUUCUUGAAUGGUCAACUCAAUUCCCUCCAAACUCUUUAACAAAUUCUUCAACUCCCCACAGCUCAUCUCUUUGCUAGACCUCGAAGCCAUAAGUUCCCUUUCCAUCUUCACAACUUCAUUAAUCCCAUUGCUUUCCCCUUCGCAGGAGGAAAUCCUCUUGGACUGCAACAGUUUCGAGACCAAAGACCAUCUCUUGGUCUUUGGGUUCGAGCAGGAAAUUAUCGCCAAGAGAGACUCGAAGAUCUCAAGGCAUGCCUCUUCAGCCUGUCUAAGAGUUCCAACCACAAUGCUGGAAUCUUUCUCCUGCUCUUUCAGGAUCUCCUUCAUUUGCGAGAAAAUGUCUCUGGUCGCAGCACAGACAUCGAACAACCUGAGGGAUCGGUCGAGGGACUUAUCCAUUGAGUUAUCAUCAGAGAUGGCUUUCUGGGUUGCUUGCAGUUGAAGGAAA